AUGGCUAACCUGCAGCAGGAAUACCCUGUGGUCCUCCUGGGGAUCCUGGAGGAACUGGCCAAUAUGCGCCAAUGGCUGACCUUUCAGGAUCUUUGUCGUAUGGUCAGCUCCCGUUUCGACCUGGAGAACCUCAUCGAGCUCAGGAGUCUGCUGUUUGCUGCUGCCAGCCAGGACCCCUGUUUCCCAGCUACUCUCUUCAGAGAUCGUGUUUCCACAAAAGGCCAGGGACUUUCACCCAUUGGUGUGGCUGCUGACAUUGUAACUAUCUUCAAUCUCAUUCAGAUGACGGGUGGUGCCCCUGAUGAACCAAUAAGAGCGCAGAUGGUCCUCCCCGUCGACCAAUCCCCAGGCCCCAGUCUGCCUGGAAUACACCAGCUGAACAUUUCUGGUCGAGAAAGAGCACGUGCUCACUCUGACUCCAGUGACAGGCCUAUCGAUCAGCACUUGCUGUUUCCAAGAUCUAAUUACUCCACCCACAAGCGAGCAAGUCUUCCCCCCGAUCCCAUUUCACUUGCCUCCUCCCCUCCAAUCAGGGCGAGGGCUGUGUCUUUCGAUUUGCCUCACACCACACUUUUGUACCCUAGUGGCCAAAUCCCCAACGAGGUCAUGAAGAAUAUAUAUCUGCCUUUGGAGACGGACAGUGAGUCUAGUGGAGAUUCUGCGCCCAUGGAGGUGUUUGAAGAUGAACAGGGAUCGUCUGUCGACCAGAAGAGAAACAUCUUUAGGAAGGACUUUCAUAACCAGCCGCCUCUAAUACCCCAGGUGACUGUUAACAGUGAGUCUCCCAGUCCCAACCAGGCUCAGAAAGGCUUCAACAAUCCCAGCUUUGAAACCAUCCCGAAUCCUUACCCAUCAUCAGCAGGAGUCAACCAGUCGCCAGAGCAGAGGGCUAAACACGAGAGCCUGGAUGAUCUACAGGACUCAACUUACUUCGGACCGCGGCCAAUCCCAGAGUGGUCCCCCCGGCACCUUCAACCUCCGAGGACCAAGAGGCCCAUCUGGAGCAACAAGAGUCACAGUCUAGAGGACCGGAUAGGCCCAGGCAGCAUUUGUAUGGGGAUGGAAUCACAAGGGGGGCAAUUUCCAAGACGAUCAACCCCUGCUAUCAGCAAAUGCGGGCGGUCCCCGGGAUGCGAGAGUGUGGAUAGUGGAUUGGCAAAUGGAGGCGACGGACUCAAAGCUCAAGGAACCCAGACAGAUCCACCAGACACCCGGUGCCUCCGUAGCCUCGUCCACGCUGACCGCCUGUCUUUCAUGACCUCAUUAGACGACCCUGAGUUUGGUGAGGAUGACAUCAGUGCCAUCUUUCGUUUCUUGGAUGACAUAAGCAUGUGUGGUUCCACGGGAGUCCUGCACCACAGCGAUGGACCAGGGGCUAUUAACCAGGACACCCCCGAGGCCAGACGUGGCCGCCUAGGUCAACUCCAAAGGCUUUUCCACUCUCUGGAAAGCAGUGACGAUGGGCUCAAGUCCAGUGUCUGUAAGCUGCUGCUCCGUAUGAGCCAGAUAGAAAGACAACUGGAAUCACUGAAUGACGUAAAGGCUGAGAUUUCCCAGGUACUGUCUGCUCUGCAGCGGCUAGAUGAAAAGAUCCAGCAGCCUAUCGGUGGUGAUGGACAAGGCACCGGUGGGCGAUGGCUGGAGCCUCUCAGUGGAGUCUCCUCUUUCAUGAGCCACCCUUUAACCCCUUCUGACUCGUCAGAGCCUCAGCCUCUGUCUGUGUCUGAGCAUCUGUUUCCAGGGAUCAGCACUAGUAGUCUGGACUGGAACCGGUGGAACACUCCUGUAGAGCAAACAGAAGGCAGCGAAGGUCAGGCUGAUUCAAAGGGGGUGAAAGAAGGGAAGAAGGAUGCAUCAUCUCGUCGUGCCUCCAAGACCCAGCCUGAGGAGAAAAAUCUGUCUGAUUCGAAACAGCUGAAUGUCUCUAACUCUGCAAGAGACUGGACAAUCUCAUUUUCCAAAAGUAAAGAUGGCAAAUCUUCACAUGGACAGGCAGAUCAAUCCGGCAGCACAGCUAACCUAAUCUCCAAAAAGUCCUCCAACCUGGUGGAACAAGUGUUUAACUCGUCCCUGUUCCGCCACAAAGACAGCAGUCUGACUGGUGGGCUAACCUCUGGGAAGAUCCUGGACACCAGAUUGUCUGACGGGAGGGCAAGGCCCAUAUGGACUGUAGACGACAGGGAGGCACGAAUCUCCCCUUUGGACUUACAGACCCAGGAGUCUCUGAACCCCAACAACAUGGAGUUCUGGAUGGACGACAUUUACACUCCAGGCUAUGAUGCUCUCCUCAGGCGUAAAGAGGCUGACCUCCGCCGGGCCAAGAUCUGCAAGCUUCUUGCACUCAUCGCCACUGCAGUGACUAUCAUUCUCAUCAUUGUCAUUCCCAUUUGCACCAUGGGGUCAUGA